CCGGGGAAGGUGGCUGCCGAGGUGGGCGGGGAGGUCAGGUGACCCAGCCGGCGGCCCAAGAUGGCGGCUGCGACGGUGUCCCGGAGGCCGGGGCGGCAAGCCGGCUGCUAAGGCAACUGCGGGCCACUGGCUAGGGCCGGGCCGGACUGACGACCGGGGGACUAGCGGCCGCCGCUUCUGUGCGCCCCGUGGCUGGGGCUGGGCCGUGUGGCGGCGGCGCCGGCGCCGGGGAUGCUCGUGCUGGACCGGGCCUCUCCCUUCUCAACUUAGGGCGGAGGCGGGCCCGUGCUCCCGGCUCCCAGGCCAUGGCGCUGAGGGAACUCAAAGUGUGUCUGCUGGGGGAUACAGGUGUAGGUAAAUCAAGUAUUGUGUGGAGGUUUGUGGAAGACAGUUUCGAUCCGAACAUCAACCCAACAAUAGGGGCAUCUUUUAUGACCAAGACUGUCCAGUACCAAAAUGAGCUACAUAAAUUCCUAAUCUGGGAUACAGCUGGACAAGAACGAUUUCGUGCCUUAGCACCAAUGUACUACCGAGGAUCAGCUGCAGCUAUAAUUGUUUAUGAUAUCACAAAAGAAGAGACAUUUUCAACAUUAAAAAACUGGGUAAAGGAGCUUCGGCAGCACGGCCCACCUAAUAUUGUAGUUGCCAUUGCAGGAAAUAAGUGUGAUCUUAUCGAUGUCAGAGAAGUCAUGGAGAGAGAUGCUAAGGACUACGCUGACUCCAUUCAUGCGAUUUUUGUAGAAACCAGUGCAAAAAAUGCGAUAAACAUAAAUGAACUCUUUAUAGAGAUUAGUCGAAGAAUUCCGUCCAGUGACGCCAAUCCACCAUCUGGCGGUAAAGGCUUCAAACUCCGAAGACCGCCGUCAGAGCCAAAGCGAAACUGCUGUUGAUGGGCCCCAGCCGCUCAGCCUUGGUGAAGAAGCAGGUGUGCCUGAAGUUGGCAGGAGGGCUGCAGACCCUGCUGAGCUGCUCUGAGUCUUCUUCAUACUAAAAGGACUCGCAGAAAUUGACCAGUGGUGUUCUUUGCAGACUGCAGUAGUAUAUUUCAGUCUGCGGACUUGUAUUGUGUCGAGAAUCUCUGGUAUACAAAGGGACUACAUCAUUGGCUUUUGACCUUGCUGAAAGGAACAUCUAAUUGUAUGGAUGGUAGGAUUAAAUUGCUGAGUAGUUUUGUAAUCAGGAUUUUAUGUAACAUUUGUAAAGGGAAAAUGAGCACUUUCAUGGUCUGUGAGGAGGAAAAAAGACUUUGUAGAGAUUAUCAUUUCCAUGGUUUCCCAUUGCCACUGUUACAGGGAACUGUAUCAUUUAAAAUGUGGGAGAAUUUUGCAAGUGGAGAGCUGGCAGCAAUUAUUUUAAAAUAAAAUGGAUUAUUUAUAGGAUGGAUGGAGACAGUUCCAUCUCUGAAGCACUUUCCUCAAGUGUGCGAACCUAAGAUAUGUGCAGUCAGCUGACCCCAUAGUGGCCACUACCCCCUCGCCCUGGGUUUGCCUCUGACUCUGUCAUGUAUCUGGCACCACGCGCAUUGUUGGCGCCUCUUUACAUAAGCUCUCAUGAGCACGGUGGUGGUAGGAAGCUGCCUGGAAGAAAUCAAACUGCAUACGUUCUAAGCUGACUCACAUAAAAAAGAAGACAAACAGAAAAAGGAAGUAAUAUAAAUGCUGUCAAUUUUUUAUUUAACCCAAGUAUUUUGGUGGGGAAAAUAAGUUGCUUAGCAUAUGUAAAGUUAUAGUCUAUAUUUAUGAGACCAUUGCUUAAAGAUUAUAUGUAAAUACAUUAAUAAAUUGUUUCAGUCAACACUCCAUCUGGUCUUGCAUAUGCCCACCCAUUUUUCAGCCUGUCUGUGGGAUAGUUUGAGGCCCAUGGAUUCUGUGCUGAGAAAUAAGGGCAUUUAGCUCGCCAUCCUUCAUGGCUUCUCUGCCCUCCUUUCCAUCUGCCUUUCUUCCCUCCACUUCCCAUCUGGAAAUGAUAAUCAAAGACAUGUGCUGCUUUAAGCCUGACUAGUCCUUCCUACUCUGGGGUACAAGAGUAAGCUCUAAACUCAAGUCAUUUACUUGGUUUUGGUAAUAAGUUUCUUUUAGCUUUUACAGAGACCUCAGACCAACUGUUUUAAGAGCACUUUCCUUGUUAACAAUUUAGCUUGUCUCUCUGUUUCCUUUAUUUUCCCCUGCUUCUGUUAGUGGUUAACACUCUUUUCCCCUCAGGGAGCCUAAUGAGGUUUUUAAUAUAAUCUAAAAAUAAAGCACCGAAGUGAAGUUGGUGAAAAUUUGUUCCUGGUCUAAUUUGGCACCCUUCCAACCUGAGUAUUUUAAGAGAAGGAAAUUUACAAGAUUAAAUAGGAAAUGAAACAGCUUGAAUUUCAAACUAAAUUGUGUUUUCAGAGCUGUCCUUAAACUGAACAGUCAAAACUUUUAAAAAUAAAUUAUUUCUUUGCCCACCCCCCCUCACUUUAUAUGGCUAGCUUUCAGUGGGAAAAUUAUAGCUCAGAUUAAGUAAAAAAUGAGACUUUUUCCUGGUUGUAUGGCUUAAGCAUUUAUCAAAAGAAUAUAGUAAAUGAAAAUUCUAAUACUGUUUAAGUACAUAUAGACUCAGUAUCUUCCCAGCAAAGUGUUUCCAAGCAAGCAUCAAAUUAGCGAAGUAGGAGAGAAACCGUGUGACUCCCAGAGCUGCGCUCUUUAUCCCUGAAGGUGGCUUGCUUACACUUCAGGUACCUUCAGAGGUUCCUGAGCAUGCAGGCACCACCUUAGUCUGGCCUUAGCAUUCCCACUGCUAGGCCUCUAUCUCCAUGACAACAAAACAAAAACAAAGGUUUCUUGACUCACUACAGAAGAGGCCGUGCUGAUGUGGCCUUUCCUGCCUUCUUUCACAGGGAAACAACACAAAUUUAUGACCUUCACCAAACCCGCCAAUAGAUGCUGGUAAUUACCUGAUGCCUCUGCACACAGGUAAAUGCAGGGUCUUCUGAGCCUCCUCUGAACACCUGCAUGAUGUUCUAUCCCGCUGCAGGGCCGUCUCAUCGGCCCUCUGCAGCUGGUCUCUUGCCGGUUCCUCUUGCUGACCUGCACACCCCGUCCAUGUGCAGGGAAUGACUGCCUGACCACAGCUGCACGUCUGGUGAAGGCACGGGUGGCGUGCAUGGAGCUUGCACUCGUGCAUUUCUAGGAUUCUUUGUCCUCAUUUUCUUCAGUCCAUCCAAGAAGUACGCAGGGCACUAUUGCUCUUAUUGUUUCAUUCUAAUGCUUCACGAUGAAAUUUGAUUUGUAGCUCCUGUCCAUAACUCAUACUCAGUGAAAACGGGGGAAAGCUCUUCACUUACCUUGUGUCUAAAAUGCACGCUUGGUUAUUAAAGUCAAACCAUUGCUUUAUUUUAAACGUUUUGGAUUAACCUAAGCAGUAAUCAAAAAUUAUGAGAAAAAUCUAGACUUCAAAGGAAUUGAGACACAGCCUAUCUAUAAAAAUCUUUUGGUUCCUCAAUCAUACAGCCAUUUUUAAAAAAAAACUUUGGGGACUGAACAGAAGGAAAAAAUCAUUAAUUAGCUGCAAGUGUGUAUUGAUUCUUUUCAGAGAAAUUGAAAUAAGCUCUUUGCAGGUGUCCAAUCCUAAAAACUGUUGGUCUCCAGAUCUCUCCUUUUGCAUAAGUGUUUUUCUGAUUCUGUGAUAACUAAUUAACUAUCAUGUGAUUAAAAGAAUAUAAAGUAAGAGUAUGAUUAAGUGUCCUUCAUUUUAGACUCUCUGUAAGAAGUGAUUGGGGAGAAGUACCUACUGCAGGCCCUUCUGUUUCUAAGUGAAGCCUCUGUCACCUGCUUGUCAGCCAUCGGCACGACAGGCUCUGUGCAGAGCAGCUGCCAGAUUUAUUCCUUUCAAAAUAACAUGCAUUCUUGUUCCCUGUUUGUGCUGCCUUCUCUCUCAUCGUGCUCCUAUUUCCUGGACACCUGCCUGUGUCUGACAGGACCCAGCCUUUUAUAUUAGAGACGUGAUCUAGUUAAUUUGGCCAGUGUCCUUCUCAGGUUAUCAGUUCUCUUUGUUUUUAAAUAAAGGGAAAGAAAAAUCACAUUUAAUUUGAAAACUUCUCUUUUAUAUCAAUUUCUUGUCUCCAGGAAAAAAAUACAUCUAGGAGGCUUCCUAAAACUCCAAGAGCUAUAGUAAUGAAAAUGUCCUUUGCAUAACUAUUUCAUGGCUUUCCUGGAACUGUCAGCCUAGGAUGUGUGUUUUUAUGUCCUUGAGUUGAAAUGGGCAGGGCAGGUUCGUAUUAACGCUCUGCUAAUUGGUAGGUUGGCCUCCAAAAGGCAUUUGUUCAGUUGGUUAUACACAUCUUUUAUAUGCUAAGAUUGGAUUGCAGAGAACUGUAUAAAUUCUGUUUAUCACUUUUUCACUCAUCCUCAGGACAAGGACGUGAUGCAUGGGCCCUUAGCUCACGCGCUAUAGGCGCACAGUGCGUUAUUUCUGUAACAGAUGAGCCCUAAACUCCAGCUGUCUUUGUAAGACCUGUGUAAAUAAUGCGAGAAUUAUUUUUUUUCCAGAGAAAAGUUACUGGAAAUCCCUUAGCUUUGUCUGUACUAAAUACCAGCUUUAGAGCAUUUGGAGAAAUGACAGCCCAUGUACUCUGGCCAGCUCUCCUUACUGAACUCAUUAGACUGUGAAUGUCCACCCUGACUGACAAUAGAAACCUAGAUAGCGUAAAUUACUUCAAUUUGUUUUAAAGGGAAGAGCAACCCAGUUUUUAUUCACUGUCUGAUUUUUAAGAGGUUCUUUACCUUUUAAUGGUUAAUAGUGUUUUAAAGGAAGAAAUGGGAUGUGUCUUCAGGGACCCAGCUGUUAACUCUAAAGCUGCCUUCAGUUAGCUUGGGCCAUUAAAAAAAAAGCUUAUUAGGGGUCAGUAGGGCUCGGUGGUAGAGCUCUAGCCUCGCAUGUGCAAAGCCCUGAGUUCUGUCCCCAGCACUGCAAAAAAAGAAAAAAAAAUAUUUUUUUAAUGAUUCAAAGUUAUGUUAGGAUAUUAAGUUUAUUUGAAAAAAGAAUUCCUAGCAAAAAAUUAUAUAAGAGAUAAACAGUAUACUGUAUAGUUUUAGAAAAGGGAAGCGAGGGUGGAAUUUAGCCUAGGACUUAAAAAACAAUCUCUGCAAAUUUCUUCUGACAGCAGAGUUGCUUGUCUUGACUUCCAGUAAUAGAAAACCAGGCAAUUUGAUUAUCUGAUUUGCAAGAAAUGUUAAUGAAAUUCCAGGACAUUUGUCCUGUUUUAUGUGCAAAUGAAAGUCUAAAAAAUAUUAGAAAGGCAUUACAUUUUUCACGAGCCUCCAUUUUUUUCAUCUAAGAGAAUGAAAAGUGAGAGGCCUGUUGUGAUGCAGUUUCAUUAGACAUAAUGAGGAAAGUGAAUAAAUAGAACCCCACAUCACCAUAUUUCUCCAUUCAGACUUCAGGACUCUCUUAGCACAUAGGAAAAUGAUUUACUUUCUAAAUCUAGAAGGACUUCCAGUCGCAUAGAUCAAAUUUAAUUUGAUGAUCUGUACCAUCAGAAAUAACUAAUAUCUGUGUUCUUUCCUUUCAGAGUAUAAUCAGUUAUAGAUAUGCUAGAAUAUUUUUGGCUUCAAAACAAAAGGAGUUAGAAGUUUAAUUUUAAAAAUCUCAAACCUUUCAUCUGUUUUAUUAUGUUGAGCAUUUUCAAUAGUAAGAUUAGGAUAUACCAACAGUAGAUGGUGAAAUUAAAAUCAUGAUGUGUAACAGAUUUAAUACAAAAAAUUUAAUUUGUUGCUAGUUCAUUUGAGAUCUGUGUGAUACCCAGUGCCUCAUCAAAAUGCUUCAUAAUUACAGUAAAAUUCUGGGUAGCUUUCCACGAAGGAAAGCGCAGGUACCGUGUCCUUUCUGCCAAUUAAUGAGAAGUCUUAAGACAGUAAUUUUUUGAGAGAACCUUUAGUUGAUAGUUUUAUACUGCAGAUCUUAAAGCCCUCCUUAAUCAUGCAGUAGAAACAAAACAUGCUGGUGUUAUCAAAGCUACUUCAUUCAGGAACUUUACAGUGAUUAAGGAAAGAUUAAUGCAAAACUUUGGAGGAAAUCAGCUUUAAAAUAGCAUUUUGUGUAGGGGGCCAGGAAAAGUUGUCACAGAAACCCCUGAAGCAUUUGAAGUCAUGUGGAGGAGCUGGAUCUCCCUCUUCCCCCAGCCCAGCUCAGCCGACUGGCCCCCAGCUGGAGUAGGGCCCGCUGCAGUAAUGCCACUCGGGAGUACCGUCAGCCCCUCUACCAAGGGUCAUGUCUGAAGGUAGCCUUAAGGCUUCAAUCUAAUAGAUUUAUCUAUAUGAAAUUAUUUCAGAGUUCAUGAAUUUUUUUCUUACCUUAGAUCAUAGACAAUUUCAGAGGAACCAGUCAAUAAGAGUAGGGAAAAGUCACUGGCAGCUGGCCAGUCAGAAUAGCUGACUAGAGGCUCAGUUUCUAAGCCCUUUUUUGUUCCUGUAGACAGAGCAGGUUUGGGGUUUUGCCCUGGAGGAGGUUUGGGGUCUUGUUUUGUGGUGGCUGUUGUUUUGCCAUCCUCCAGCUCAACCUUCCCAUCAUUUCUCUUGAUGGGUCAAUCAUUGGUCGUUCCUCUGACCUUGAGCAUUUGCUCCUGCCUGCUCUGUAGUUGAAGCAGGCUUCUUACCUUUCUCCCUUUACUCUUCUCAGCUUCCUGAAGGCUUUCCCCUAGAGACAUGCUGCCCCUGUGACAUGCGUCCAUUGGCCUUCUGUGGUUGCAGUGCCAGGGUUGGCCCACUGUGCAGCUAGGGAGCCACGCUACAUGGAGCACAGUGAGAAAUACAAAGGCCAGCUUAGGCGAAGAACUGCAGGACCUCCAGAGGGGAAGGGGCAGCCUGCACGUUCAGUGGGAAUGCAGCUGAUUGCCAAAAUGCUUUUCAUCCAUGAUACAGUAAUUAGCUUAAAUGUUGGAACUUCGCUGUUUUAAUAGAGCAUCUGUCAAAGUUUGUAAAAGUCUAGAACAGAAACAGCUAUGGAGAUAAGCCUAGACAUU